UCAUUCGUCCGUCCGGGAUUUUGGCGUUUUGCUCGCCCCAGGGAGACACGCUCGUGUAAGCCAUCGAGUCGCCUCGUAAAUCUUUCACCGGCCACAGCCCACAGGCUCAUCAUCGUUGCCUGUUUCUCUCCCUUUCAAAGCCUUAUCUUCUACUCAUCGUUUUCCUUCCAAAACAUCAGCUGACGUUCCUUCCCUCAUUUUUCUUACUAUUAUUUAUAUAUUUCCAUUGCCCUCCACACGCUCCACUGUCUUGCUUACAAGAGCGGUAGGCUUUGAAUCAAGGCAAUACAAACACCUCACCUUAACGAAUACGGGAAAUCGGAGAGACUUCAAGCGCCAGGCUAUGCUUCGCAUGUAAAUGAUGGAAACAGUGGGUCUGCAAACAAUCCCAUUGAUACAGCACUCAUGGGUUUAUUUGUUAAGGAUUGCACCACCAUUUUUGCAACAGACUCAACUUCUGUCAAUAUCUAAAUGUUUGAAACUCUGUCAUUAGUCUACAAUUGGGUGUGCGUUGCCUGCUGUGAGCAAGAACAAUUUGUUAUCAGCAUGAACUGAACACCUUUCCAUCCUUACAUUUAGAAAUAAUGAAAAGACCAGAAGACAUCCCUGUUCCUUCAAGGGAUCUAAGUGUUAGUUUUGGCUAUCAAUGCAGCACUACCAGCCCUCCCUCUGUUAAUGUACCAAAUGGAAUUGAUUUUUCGGAUGGGUUCAUGAUUCAAAAUUCUAAUAUGAAAACGAGGAGUAGUUCGUUUUCUUGUCUGUCUGGUGCUGCUCUUAGUGCUAAUGCCACUCUGGCAAACACAAAUAUCUGUAAUGGUUUUAUUGGAGAGGAGAUCCUGCCUAGUCUUGAUUCGCCAAGAUCAUUUAAAAGAAUGGCAUCUUCCCCCUCUCUUUCACGAGUAGACUCUGUCUUCUCAUCCUCUCAAAGCAGUAUGACUACAUUAGGUGGAAGUGCAUCAACAGAGAAUGACUUUGUUGAAAGUGAAAGGAACUUGUGGAAAUCAAUGAGUGCUCCUACCAGAAUAGAAUCCUCCAGCUUUCUCAAUGCGAUUGACGUACAAAUGGCUGGUGGAGCUGCAGGUGAGGACAGAGUCCAAGCUGUGUGUUCUGAAGAAAAUGGAUGGCUCUUCUGUGGCAUAUAUGAUGGAUUUAAUGGUCGGGAUGCUGCUGACUUUUUAGCUGGAACUCUUUAUGAGAACAUUGGGUUUUAUCUUCAUUUGCUGGAAUGGCGUGCAAAAAAGCAGCAUGAUCCAUUUGAAAGUACCUUAGAAGAUGACACAGUCAGGAAUGAAAUGUUUGGGCAUAUUGCACCCAACAUUUCAGAUUCUGGAGGGGUAGGAACUAUCGUUCCACAUUCUUCAGGUGGAGAAUUCACAUGUGAACAGUUCCACCAUAGUGUGACGGAUUGCCUUAUUCGGGCUGUUGCCCAAGCUGAAAGUGAUUUUAUGUACAUGGUUGAACAGGAAAUGGAAGAUCGGCCUGACCUAGUGUCUGUUGGAUCAUGCAUCUUGGUGGGGCUUCUUCAUGGGAACAACUUCUAUGUUUUAAAUUUAGGUGAUAGCAGGGCCAUACUAGCAACAAAUGAGACUCGAGAGGAUGGUAAAUUGAAGGUCAUCCAGCUGACAGAAACUCAUAGUGUGGACAAUGAAAUCGAAUAUAGAAAACUUUUGGAUGAUCACCCUGAAGAUCCUUCACCUGUCAUUAAUGGAAGAGUGAAAGGAAAGCUAAAGCUAACCCGGGCAUUUGGAGUUGGUUAUCUUAAAAAGAGCAAAAUGAAUGAUAUGCUGAUGGGCAUUCUUCGAGUACGAAAUUUGUGCAGUCCUCCUUAUGUUUACACACAUCCAUUCACCAUGAGCCAUACAGUGUCAGAGAAAGAUCAAUUCAUUGUUUUGGGAAGUGAUGGACUCUUUGAUUUCUUCAGCAAUGAUGAAGUUGUGCAACUUGUGCAUCUUUUUAUUCAGCAUAACCCCUCUGGUGAUCCUGCAAAACAUCUGGUUGAACAGCUCAUCCUCAAAGCAGCUGAUAAUGCAGGCUUCAGUACUGAAGAGUUGAUGAUGAUACCUGCUGGGAGAAGAAGGAAGUACCAUGACGAUGUUACUGUUAUUGUAAUCAUGCUUGGUAAUAAGCAAUGGACUUCUACUGCUUCAACAUCUCUGUAGGUAUGCAGUAUGCAUUGUUUUGUGUCUUGUUCUGUUUUGUCAAGCUUGGAUUAUUGUGCUAAUGGAUGAUGACUAGUUGUGUGGUUGCUCUAUAUUUUCCAGCCCUUAAACACCCCAUUUUUUUAGGAAGCUGUUGGCCAUCAGAUUAGCUCUUUCUCUCUGUAUGUGCAUGCCUUCUCUGCUAGUUCUUUUCUUUCAGCUACUCCUAUAAAGAUUCUUUACCAAGCAUAUAGAAGGUCUGUUCUUACUGUGUCACUUUAAACUAGCUGAGCUUGUGUUUUGUUUUGGUUUUUUUAAGCAAAAAGAAGUUUAAGUUUUACCAAGUCAAUAGAAACUAAGCCAAGUCUAAUGUCUGUAUGGUUUUCCUGGACAUCCCAGUUUAUUGGUUUAUUGAUGUGCUAGACAGAGACAAGCAGUUAAUCUGGAAAAUAAAGGCAAGGGUAGAAGCACCAUCCUCACUACUGUCAAUUUGCAUGGGACGUUCCAUCCUUCCUUCUGCUAUUAAUCCUAAGGUCGAUCAAUCCCUCAGCCUACUAGUUGGACGCAGGAAGGAGUAUGAGUGGAAAGCACCCACUAGCUGGGCCAUCUCUUCCUAUUUGUUGGAUUAUAGGACUCUUACAUUGUUUUCUGAUACUUAUAUGUAGGAUUCAACUGAGUUUAAAUCCGUUGUAUAAUUAAAUUUCAUAUCAAGUAAUGGGUUAUUUCUCCAUAA